CGUGUGAAGGGCUCUGAUCAGCGGGAUUGAUUCACACUGUUCCUGAGGCCUGUACCAAGACACAGGAUUUGGAUUUGGGGUUAGCGAGGUAACUUCAGGUUUACUCUGGGUUUUCGGUCCUACGACGCCUUCUUACCGGGGUAGAUCUCCAUGCUAACCUAUGCUGAUUCUGAUUCUAUGCUCAGAAUCAGCAUACCUUUAAUCGUCCCACAGAGGGGAACUUUUCAUUAGCAGGUUAUGUUCCAGAUAAGAGAUCAACUCAGGGAAAGUCCCGUCUGCUGACCAAUCAGAGCUCACAGCCUGCUGAUCAAUCAGCCUGCUGACCAAUCAGAGCUUACCGCCUGCUGACCAAUCAUUGCUCAGUGAGGAGAGUUUUAAGCUAUGAGCCAUUCUACAGGAUAAAGGAAAUAGAGAAACUAUGGAUUGUGUAGAAGUGUUCUUUUAUUCGAAGUCCAGGAGUAAAUUUAAAAGAAAACAAAGGGAAGCUCCUCAUAUAAGUUUUAAAAGGAGUAUUUAAUAAAAUGACGCGGCAGUAGGUUUUACAAAACUUUCACAGCUGUGGUUCAAUAGUUCGGAACACGCUUCCACAUGCCACAUAAGAGUAGAGACUCAAAGCAGUUAUCUGUCUGGCGGUCAGCGAACAAAAGAGAUCAUUCUUCAGUUCAAUAAUCCUUUCACUCUGCGAUCGCCUUUUCCUAUUGGUCGCCUUGGCGUAAAACAGAACUUCCGGUCAGUUUAGUGAUUCCGUGGCAUUGGGUAGUCUCCCUCCUUAGAGUAUUACAGCAUCAAUAAGGAGAAUCAGACAUUGUGUGUUUAAUGUAUAACACCACAAGUCACUCUCCUUAGUCACUCUUUCUCUACAUUCUGUUGGCUAAGGAAACCAACACUAAAAACGGCAGUUGUCUCCCGUCAAGCAUCAAGUGUCAUCAGUGUAGUAUACAUCCGGUUACAAAGAUAAAGUUUCAAAAUACGAUGGUUUUCAAAAUAAGACAGUGUUGCAGUUACACAUAAUAUUGAUUAUCAUUCCUUACAGUUGACUUAUCGAGGUGAUAACACCAGCGCCGUAGGACCGAAUAGCGAGAUCGCAUUUGUUAUGUUUGGUUAAGCCAGACAACUCAAACAAAUCCAGUGUCUGUUGAACUGGCUUCGUGAUACAAGCCUCUGGACUCUGCGUCAAUAGUACACCGGAAACUGCUGCGGCUCGACUUCGCUCGACUGUGACGUCAGUGUCACGUGUCACGGCGGUUCACAGCAAGCAGUCCCGGGGAAGAAGAACCAUGGGUCAGGAGUUCCACGUGCUCCGUUGUUUGACCUGUCAGAGCUUCCAAGUUCAACAGGUGAAGAAGGUGAACAAGUGGACAUGUAAACUGUGUGGAGAGAAACAGUCACUGCUAAAGGAGUUUGGGCGGGGCUCCGGGGCCGACUGCAGACGUCAUGUUCAGAAACUGAACGCCAUGAGAGGAGCCAAGAUGGAGGGACAGGAGCAGCACAUCUUGUCACUAUGGAAGCAGGAGGAGAGAGAGGAGGAACCUGAAGAACAGCCUCAGGUGAGCAGCUGGAGUAACUACCUGGACAAACCUGAGGAGGAGGAUGUUUGGAUGGACUGGCAGCAGCUCCAUGGCAACAGCAGGAUUGACAGGAAGAAGAAGAGAGGAGGUCAGGAGGACACCACACCUGGUCAGUCCAGCCUGAAGAGGAGACCCUCAGGCCCUCUCAGCAGUCUGAUCCACACCAGUCCUCCCAGUGAGGGAAACCUGUACCCUCCCAGUGAGGAAAACCUGUACCCUCCCAGAGAGGAGAGCCUUGAUCCUACUGGUUCCGUCAGUGUUGACUGUCAGGAGACAGUGAGGGGAGCUUCCUCUAUGAUCAGGGAGACUCCGUCCACCAGGCCCUGUACCCUACUUCCUGUUUCCUCCAUGUAUGAUAGCGGAGAGGACUUCAGUUUGGAUUUGUAAACUGAUCCUGAUUAAGCUGAAGGUCUCUGAGGAUUUAAUGAAUCCACUCUGAGUCUGUUUACGUUUAUCACUCUCUGUUUACGUUUAUCACUCUGUGUUUACGUUUAUCACUCUGAGUCUGUUUACGUUUAUCACUCUGUGUUUACGUUUAUCACUCUGUGUUUACGUUUAUCACUCUGUGUUUACGUUUAUCACUCUGAGUUUACGUUUAUCACUCUGUGUGUUUGUUUGUGUUCCUAAAGUUAUUAAAGAGUUGUUCUCACAUCA